CCUGCCAACUGGGCUAAAUAAAGUGGCCACUCAAAAAGGUACAUUUCUGCACCGUAAAUGGUCAUACUGAUUGGUCCAGUAAGAAUUAAGAAUAUAUUUUUUGUCAGAAGUCAGUUCCAGAAAUAGUCCACGGAGAUUGGAUUAAAGAGAGGCACAUUUUGUCGAAAAACCUUUAUUGUUUACAUCUGCAACUUCUACAAAAAGGAUAAUCUAAACCGCCGCCAUGUCGAACCAGGAGACCCAGGUUUCCAGCCUGCCGAUGCCGCCAGAACGCUACAUCGCCAACUACACAGAGGAGAACAUUCGCCGAAAUCGGGCGCCACGGCCUCCUCCGCCGCCCUCACAGCACGAAGUGUACAGCAUGUUUGGCAUCCAGUACAACAACGACGAGAUGAUCCGAUCCCUAGAGUCCCAGAACAUCAAGCGCCUCAUACCCAUUCACUUCGACAGGCGCAAGGAGCUUAAGAAACUUAACCACUCGCUACUGGUCAACUUCCUGGACCUCAUCGAUUUCCUCAUCCUGAACCCAGACAGUCCGCGACGCACGGAGAAGAUUGACGAUCUGAGUCUGUUGUUUGUGAACAUGCAUCACCUGCUAAACGAGUUCCGGCCGCACCAAGCCCGCGAAACCCUGCGCGUAAUGAUGGAAAUGCAGAAGAGGCAGCGUGUCGAAACUGCCACCCGUUUUCAAAAGCACUUGGAGAAAGUCCGUGAAAUCGUCAACACCGCCUUCUCCGCCCUGCCUGUUCUGCCGGAGGACGAUGACAAUGGUGGUGCAAAGAUCAAGACGGAAGUAGAUCCCUUGGAAGCAAAUUCUGCGGCCAAAAAUGAUCCCAGCUACCAGCACGAUCGCAUGCUGUGCAAGUUGGUAGACGCCAUUGAGUGAUCUGGUUGUGGAAAGAUUUGAAAAACGGCUCCCUCAUAUUUAUAGUUUCUUCUUUUUAGUGUAAGAAAUAAACCCCGUAUUGUGUGAUGAUGAGAAUCUAA